UCUCUCUCCUUUUGCAUGAAUCGUUCUUUUAUAUAUAUCUUUCUUUCAUCUCUUCAUUUGAUUUGUUCUAACUUUGGUUCGUUUGAUUCGGGAAUUUAAAUUUUGUUAUAAGCUUUACAAAAAAAACUAGACUGGAUAAGCUUUUCAACGAUAUAUUAUAUGCCUAAUAUUAUCCCCAACAAAGCCCCCGAAGUCAGGUUAUAUGCAGUCAAGUCCAAUAGAAAAGAUUGAUCAAUUGAACCUGAUGUCGAUCGACUGAAGUUACUCCAGAAUAUCUCAAUCGAAAAAGCAAUCAAUCAAGGAAAACCAAGUAGGUGCCACCCAAUAAUGUAGGAGGUUCAAAGUCGAUAAAAUGCGCAUUUUCAAGUCCGAAAAGGUUUCUAAACUUUCUCCGAAACUUCUCCAACAUUCUAAAUCAAUUGUUAAUCAACUCCAACACCAUAAGAAGGUACUCUGAUUUAUCUAAACAAGAGCAUAAUUGUGAUUCAAUUUUCAAUCAUAACUUAGGUCUUUAAUAAGGUAUCCUAUAUUAUUGUGUGACGGAGUUCUAAAGCAAGGAUUGGAGAAACGGAUCACAUGAGGAGCAAAUCUGUUUGACGAACGCAUUGUGUGCAUGGAAACUUGAGUGGAGAGUUUGGUGGAUGAAUCUGUGUCAAAAGGACACUCUUCUUAGAAUCAAAUCAUUGCAUAUUGAGGGCCUCUCAAAAUAUUUGGAAUCUCAGGGCCGGCCCUGCUUGAACAUGUUGUAAACGGAGAUAUACAGAAUAAGCAAAGAGUUGCAGAGUGUAAUAACACCACAACAACCACAAAGAAGCAACUUGUUUCAAAGUUUUGGAGAUUCGCUAAUGGAGUACAGAAAAAUCAAAGACCAGGAUGAAGAUGGGAAGGCAGCUGACGAUGAUAUAGAGAGCUUACAUGGGAAAGCUCUUUCAGGUGGUAAUGGGGCCGUUUUUGGAGGCAGCUCUACCGAAAGAUCUAAGUGGAAGCUCAAGUCAGUUGUCACACUUGCGCUGACUGUGCUUACGAGCUCACAAGCAAUACUCAUUGUCUGGUCUAAGAGAGCUGGAAAAUAUGAGUAUAGUGUUACAACUGCAAAUUUCUUGGUGGAGGCUUUGAAAUGUGCGUUCUCUCUCGCAGCCUUGGGAAGAAUCUGGAGAAAUGAAGGUGUUACCGAUGACAACAGGUUGAGUACAACAUUCGAUGAAGUUAGUGUUUACCCCAUUCCUGCAGCACUUUACCUUGUCAAGAACUUACUUCAGUAUUACAUCUUUGCAUAUGUGGAUGCUCCGGGAUAUCAGAUACUGAAGAACCUGAAUAUUAUUAGCACCGGUGUGUUAUAUCGAAUUAUUCUUAAGAAGAAGUUAAGUGAGAUUCAGUGGGCUGCUUUCAUUCUAUUGUGUGCGGGGUGCACCACAGCACAACUUAAUCCUUCUUCUGAUCAUGUUCUUCAAACUCCCUUUCAAGGUUGGGUUAUGGCAAUUGUCAUGGCCCUUCUAAGUGGUUUUGCAGGAGUGUACACAGAGGCUAUUAUUAAAAAGCGUCCUUCAAGGAACAUAAACGUGCAAAACUUCUGGUUGUAUGUCUUCGGGAUGGCCUUCAAUGCUAUUGCAAUAGUGAUCCAAGAUUUUGAUGCUGUCGUGAACGAAGGGUUCUUCCAUGGGUACUCAUUGAUUACAGUCCUCAUGAUUCUUAACCAUGCACUAAGUGGCAUUGCUGUAUCAAUGGUAAUGAAGUAUGCUGACAACAUCGUGAAGGUGUAUUCUACUUCAGUGGCAAUGCUGCUGACAGCGGUUGUUUCCGUAUUCUUAUUUGGGUUUCAUCUGUCCCUUGCCUUCUUCCUUGGCUCCAUUGUUGUCUCUGUCUCAAUAUAUUUACACUCCAUUGGGAAGCUGCAAAGAUAGUGAUGGCAUUUCAUUUAUUCUUAUAGCCCAUUGAGCAUCAAUGUAAAGUCUUAGGGCCAAUAUUCUGUGAUUUUUUAGAAAGUUUUUGGAUUUGGCUGUUUUGAAUUUACCAACUCAUGAGUUUGGAUAAUAUAUGAGUAACAUGAUGUUUUAUCAUGUAAUAUUUACCACCAUUAAAUCAAAUGUCAUAGUGAAGGACAUUUUGAUGUUGAUUAAGAGGAUAAAUUUAAUUGAUAUGGUGUGAUUUUGUUUAA